AUGACAUGAGGUGGUACAGAAUAACCUGACCUAGUCUUCUACUGGCUACUGCAAAAUUAACCCUGUACUGUAGGGAACCUGGACAAAUGGCAAGAUGAACAUUGUCAGAUUCCAGUGAAUGUGGUCAAAAUAGUAGCUAUGGUCCCCCACAAUAGGUGAAAAAGAAAGUCAGGCUUUCAUGGGUGUUGUGGUGUUUUGGAGGAUGCAUAUUCCAGAUUACAAUCAGAUUGCAAACCCUCUCUCUCAUGUGACCUGGAAGAAUGAUUUUAAUUGAGGUCCUGAACAUCAACAAGCUUUUGAACAAAUUAAAUGGGGGAUUGUUCAUACCAUAGCCCUUGAGCCGGUCAGAAGAGGACAAGAUACAAAAAUGCACUCUACACUGCAGUUGGAGGGAAUUCUCCUGUCUGGAGACUGAUAAAAAUUUUCCAGGGAGACUCAGGGAUGACUCAUGGGGUUCUGGAGUUGUGGAUGCAAAAGAUCUGAGGCCUGUUACACCCCAAAUGAAAAAGAAAUAAUGGCAGCUUAUGAAGUCAUUCAAAAUGCUUCAAAAAUUAUUUCCACUGAAGCACAGCUUCUCCUGGCAGCAUGAGUGCUGGUGCUGGGUGGAUGUUCAAAGUCCCUUCCACACAUCAUGACACUGAUGUAAUGUGAAGUAAGUGGGUUAUGCUGUUCACACAGCAAGCUCAAAUAGGAAACCCCUAAUAUUCCAGGGAUCUUAGAAGUCAUCACUAACUGGCCUGAAGGCAAUAAUUUGGGACCAUCAUCAUAAUCAGAGGAGGGGAAGAUGACAUACACUGAGGAGACCCCACAGUAUAAUCAGCUACCUGAAGAUGAAAAGCGAUACAUGCUCUGAACUUAUAGUUCUUGCCAUCUGUAGGGAUACAUAAAAAAUGGAUGCCCUACAUGAUGAGUCACAAAAGCUAUUGAGGGACAAGGUGGAUCAAGUCAGAGCUGAAAGCUUGGCCUUAGAUAUUGCUGAAAGAGAAAUACUUCUCUGUACUGAGAGUACUCUGACUGUGGAUGGUGUCAAAUGCUCUGUGGAGGUGGCUGGAAGGAAGGAAGAAGACCAAUUGGGAAUGCAGAGACAAACCCACCUGAGCUGCUGAACUGUGGCAAGAUGUCACUGCCUGGAUAGAGAAGUUGGCUGUAAAAGUUCAUCUUGAGAUGCACAUGUGCCCAAGAGUUGGGCUGCUAAAGAACAUCACAACAAUGGACAGGUGGAUUGAGAAUCCAAGAUUAAAAUGUCUCAGGAGGAUUUGGCAACAUAAGGGGAAUUACUUCUGACUUGGUGGGCCCAUGAUGCCUCAGGUCAUCAGGGAAGAGAUGCAACACCCAGAUGGCCUUGUGAUCAAGGGGUGGUCUUACCUAUGGACACUAUCCCCCAGGUUAUCUGUAAAUGUGCUGGGAUCAAGCAGGCCAAGAAAAGCCUCUGUGGUAUGCUAGACAGUGGUCACAAAAUGACUGAAUAUUCAGAGUUGGAAGGGACCUGUAAGGAUCACUUCUGUAAGGACUUCAACUCUUAAAUGAAUGGUCCAUAAAGGGAUCAAAUCCUCCAACCUUGGCAUUGUUAGCAUCAUGCUCUAAGCAACUGACUCAGGUAAAAUACAAACAAGGAAAGGCCUGGUGGGUUGAUUACAUCACACUCCUGCAGAUCUACCAAGCAAGAGCUACAUGCUCACAAUGGUGGAGACAACCACAGGAUGGCUGGAGGCAUACCCUGUGUUUCAUGGAACAAUAUCCUGCGCCUUGAGAAGCAAGUUUGACAAAUAUGGUAUUUGUAUUUCAUGAAAGUAAUCAAUGAAAAUUUGCUUUCAGCCCAGAGGAUUGACUUCUGCUACCAGUUUUUCUGCUCAUACCUUUCCUUCAAGAAAAAGCUGCAAAUGCUGACUGUUCAAAGUGAUACAGGGUGUGGAAAAUAAGGCUUGCUAGAUAAGACUGAAAUAAUUUGUUUUAUUUAAGAAUUCUUGAGGUAAUUUUAUCACCAUUGAUAUAAACUUUCACUUGAAAUAGUACAGCUGAUAGUGAAGAAAGGAGAUUAUUUCCUUUGUAUGGAGACAAGACAGCAAGAUCCAAAGGUUUACAGCUGAAGGUAAACUUUAAAUCAUGUCUUGAAAAUCUUAGAUCUGAAAAAAUAUUAUUCCCUAGCAGUAAAGAUAUUUAAAUUUUUAAAUGGAAUUUACAGCUGUAAAAUACUGUUACACAUUAUAUGUGUUGGUAUUAAUUACUGGAACAAUUUUUACAGUCUGUAAGGAGUUGGUAUAUUGACCCUUUUAAUCCUGAAAUGAGUAAGUGCAUCCACUUUUAUCCUCUUUUCCUACAGUGUGAUAACAAGGAUUUUAUCUGUGCUGCCCUCAGCAUUCUUGGGCGUCUUGAGUUUCAUUGCUUGUCAAAUACUUUCAGGCAGAGCAGAACUAGUCCCCAUGCCUUUCAUACCUUCGGAAAUAAUUGUGAUGAUCAGCUGGUGUCUGCUUUGCCUCAGUCAUCAUUCAGUAGCUCAUCAGAGCUGUCUAGCAGUCACAGCCCUGGAUUUGCGAGGCUUAAUCGAAGAGAGGGUGCUGGUGGCUGGUCUCCACUUGUGUCCAAUAAAUAUCAAUGGCUUCAGAUUGAUCUUGGUGAAAGAACUGAGAUUACUGCUGUUGCUACUCAAGGUGGUUAUGGGAGCUCAGACUGGGUAACCAGCUACCUUCUGAUGUUCAGUGACAGUGGACAGAAUUGGAAGCAAUAUCAUCAAGAAGAAAGCAUUUGGGCCUUUUCUGGAAACACGAAUGCAGACAGUGUCGUGUACUAUAAGCUUCAGCAUUCUAUUAAAGCAAGAUUUCUCCGUUUUGUGCCUUUGGAUUGGAAUCCGAAUGGCAGGAUUGGAAUGCGCAUUGAAGUGUAUGGAUGCACAUAUAGGUCUGAGGUGGUUGGCUUUGAUGGGAAAAGUUGUCUAAUUUACACAUUAAAUAAAAAACUCAUUAAUGCACUGAAAGAUGUGAUUUCUCUGAAGUUUAAGACAAUGCAAAGUGAUGGAAUUCUCCUCCACAGAGAAGGACAAAAUGGAGACCACAUCACCCUGGAAUUAACUAAAGGGAAGCUGUCCCUACUCAUUAAUUUAGGUGAUACUAAAACUCAUCCUUCUAAUGCCCAAUUUAAUAUUACGCUGGGCAGCCUUUUGGAUGAUCAACACUGGCAUUCUGUUCUCAUUGAGCAUUUUAACAAUCAAGUAAACUUUACAGUGGAUAAACACACUCAUCAUUUUCAUGCAAAAGGAGAAUUCAGUUAUUUGGACCUUGAUUAUGAGCUCAGCUUUGGAGGGAUCCCAGUGCCUGGAAAAUCAGGGACAUUAUCACGCAGGAACUUUCAUGGGUGUUUUGAAAAUAUUUAUUAUAAUGGAGUGAACAUUAUUGACCUGGCCAGGAGGCAUAAAUCUCAGAUCUACAUUGUGGGCAAUAUGUCCUUCUCAUGUUUAGAGCCACAGGUGGUUCCUGUGACAUUUCUGAGCUCCAGCAGUUUCCUGGCACUGCAAGGCACAUCAGGGCAAGAUGAAGUAUUUGUCAGUUUUCAGUUUCGCACUUGGAACAAGGAAGGACUUCUAUUAUCCAGUAAACUGCAGUCUUCAGGUGGUUUCCUCUUAUAUCUGAGUGAUGGGAGAGUCAAAAUCAAUCUUCAUAAAACAGGAAGGGUACUGAGUGACAUUGCUGCAGGUGCUGGAUUAAAUAACGGCCAAUGGCAUUCUCUAUCUCUCUCUAUCAAAAGGAAUCGUAUCAGUGUAAGAGUGGACAGUGAUGUGACCUCAUCUGCUCACACCUUCACACCCCUGCAGAUUUAUUCAGAUGUUUUCUACUUUGGAGGCUGUCCUAGCAGUGGAAACAUUUCUGAAUGUAAUACCUCAUUUGGUGGUUUUCAAGGAUGCAUGCGACAUAUUUCCAUUGGUAACAAAGCAGUGGAUAUGAUCUCUAUUCAGCAAAAUGGUUUUGGCAAUUUCAGUGAUCUUCAGAUAGACAUAUGUGGCAUUAGAGACAGGUGUUUGCCUAAUUACUGUGAACAUGGUGGUGAGUGCUCACAGUCCUGGAACACUUUCCACUGUAACUGUGCCAAUACUGGUUACAAGGGAGCUACUUGUCACUAUCCCAUCUAUGAGCAAUCAUGUGAAGCCUAUAAGCACAGAGGGAACACUUCAGGCUUCUACAAUAUUGAUUCAGAUGGAAGUGGCCCCUUGGGACCAUUUCUCGUAUACUGCAAUAUGACAGAUGCAACGUGGACAAUUAUGCAGCAUAACAGCACCAAUCUAACCAGAGUUAAAAGUGCUAAUCGAGAGAACCCACACACUGUGUUUUUCAAGUAUUCUGCCAGCCUAGACCAGCUUCAGGCUACAAUAAACCUGGCAGAUCACUGUGAACAGGAGCUUGCUUACUACUGCAAAAAGUCAAGGCUUUUAGAUAAGUCAGAUGGGAUGCCACUGAGCUGGUGGAUUGGAAGAACCAAUGAAACUCAUACUUACUGGGGAGGUUCCUUGCCUACUGUACAAAAAUGUGCUUGUGGACUGGAGGGAAGCUGCAUUGAUUCCCAGCAUUACUGCAACUGUGAUGCGGACAGGGAUGAAUGGACAAAUGAUACUGGCUUCCUCUCCUACAAGGACCAUCUACCAGUAACUGAAAUUGUGAUCACAGAUACUGACAGACCAAACUCGGAAGCUGCUUACAAACUGGGGCCUUUGCUUUGCCGUGGUGAUAGAACAUUUUGGAAUUCAGCUUCCUUCAACACAGAGACAUCCUACCUGCAUUUCCCCACCUUCCAUGGAGAAUUCAGUGCAGAUGUCUCAUUUUUCUUUAAAACUACUGCAUCCUCAGGAGUAUUUUUAGAGAACCUGGGAAUUCAAGACUUCAUAAGGAUAGAGUUACAGUCUCCAUCUGAAGUGGCUUUUUCCUUUGACGUGGGAAAUGGACCGAGUGAAGUCAUAGUGCAAUCACGCAAUUUCUUAAAUGACAACCAAUGGCAUUAUGUGAAGGUUGAACGAAAUGUCAAAGAGGCUUCCUUACAAAUAGAUCAAUUUCCUCAAAAAUCUCACAGUGCUCCACCUGACGGACAUAUUCGCUUGCAACUCAACAGCCAGCUGUUUGUAGGUGGAACGGCAUCCAGGCAGAAAGGAUUUUUGGGAUGCAUUCGUUCAUUACGGUUGAAUGGAAUGGCCCUUGAUCUGGAAGAGAGAGCAAAGAUAACGCCAGGAGUUGAACCAGGCUGCCCUGGACAUUGUAGCAGUUAUGGUAACCUGUGUCACAACGGUGGAAAAUGUAGAGAGAAGUACAGUGGAUUCUCCUGUGACUGCACUUUCUCAGCCUAUGCUGGUCCAUUCUGUAAGAAAGAGAUCUCUGCCUAUUUUUGGACUGGCACUUCUGUGACAUACAACUUUCAAGAAUACUACACAUUAGCUAAAAAUUCCAGUUCUCAUGCUUCUUCUUUCUAUGCUGACAUGACACUGGCCAGGGAAGCAAUUACAUUUGCCUUUCGAACAACACGGACACCAAGCUUACUGCUCUACGUCAGCUCCUUCUACAAGGAAUACCUCUCAGUCAUUCUCACCAGGAAUGGAAGUUUACAAAUUAGGUACAAGCUAGAUAGCCAUCAAGAUCCUGAUAUCUUCAGCAUCAGUUUCAAAAGCAUGGCUGAUGGACAACUACAACAUGUGAAAAUUAAUAGAGAGGAGGAAACACUUUUUGUAGAGGUUAACCAGAAUGAAAGAAUGAAGUUUAUUCUGUCUUCAGGCACAGAAUUCAAUGCAAUCAAGUCUCUUACACUUGGGAAGAUUAUAGAAAACAGUGAUAUAGAUGAGGAGACUAUGAAGGCAAACUCUCAGGGGUUUGUUGGCUGUCUAUCUUCAGUGCAGUUCAACCACAUUGCUCCUUUGAAGGCUGCACUAGACCACAGCAGCUCAGCCCCUGUCAUUGUAAAAGGGCGUUUCACUGAAUCCAACUGUGGUACUUUAACUGGAGCUGACUCAACAUCAAGUGAAACAACCCAUUCAUUUGCAGAUCACUCUGGACCAAUAGAUGAGGGAAAGCCCUUAGCUAAUGCAAUCAGAAGUGACUCUGCAAUUAUUGGAGGUGUGAUAGCAGUUGUCAUAUUCAUCCUACUUUGCAUCACGGCCAUAGCCAUACGCAUUUAUAUAAAAAAAGGCAUAUACUCAAAAAAUGAGGCAAAAGGCUCUGAAAACGAAGACAGUGCUGAACCUGCACUGAAAAGUGACCUCAGCAUGCAAAACACAGCCAAUGAAAAUCAAAAGGAAUACUUCUUCUGAUUGACAUUAAUGAUUUGAUCUAAUAUAAUAAUGUGACAGUCUGACUUUCUUGCUAAGCCAGGGGGCUCUCACUGGGCAGAAAAAGUUCUUGCACACUACUCUAAAUGCAAUGGAUUUGAGACGUACUGUACUUGAUAUGUUCAGUCUCAGUGAUUGCUGUAGCGGGCCUCUUUAAAUUACAUGCAUUCCUUAGCUAUUAUACCGUAAAUGCAUUUUAUGUAACAGUGAAUUAGAUAUCGUAACCAAUUUCAUUGUUGGUAGUUUCCGACUGUUCUAAUGUGACCUUCUACAAAUGAAGUUUAAUGUACACACUGAAUAUGAUUUUUGAAUGGGAAAAUUGUUAUGAAUUUAUUCCUAUCCUUUUCUUUAAAAUUUGAUUGAUGAUUUUUUGUUCAAGGUGAAAGGUAGAGUCUAAUACUUUGUGUUACUAAAGAAAUUCUGCUGUGCUGCAUUAUGGUGAUCCGUCUUACUUCCUCAAACUGAAAAUGCCUUUUGAGCUGCUGUUGGCUGGUGUCAGCAUCUGCUUGUGAGCCAUGGCAUUUGAUGUCCAGAACAAACCGUAUUUCUUUCCCCUGGGAUGUGACUGAUAUGUUCAUUAUCCCUUCCUUUUGUCUGGCUUAGCAGAACUGAAAAGUGUACAGUGGGUUGAAAUAUUUUAAAAUCUCUUUUGCAGUAGAUUUUCAUUCAUGGUCAGGUGAUGGCACCAAGAGACUCAUGCACAUUCUGGGCAUUUUGAAUAAAACUGGGGGGGAAAAGGCAAUUCCUUUGCUUGGAAAGAUCAAGAAAAAGACUAACAAUAGUUAAUUUAUCAAGAGUGAAAGCACCAAAAGAUGGUCAGAGUUACUGUCCCUGGAAAUUAGUGAUGAUACUUCUGUCAGGAAGUAAUGCUUCUAAAUGCACUAUCUGGGAUGUAUUGUCUGGAACUGUUGUAUCUGUUAUUUGCUCCAGACCUCAAGACUAAUUUUUUUCUGUGUUGUAGAAAUUAUGCAGUGUCUGCCACAAAACACUUUCAUUCUGCACUCUUAAUAGUUCCUACUAUACCUCUGUGAGAAAAGGUCUGAUUACACCACUCAAAAUUAAAAAGGCGCUUACUAUGCUGACAGAGUAAAUGAAAGCUAUUUAUAUUGUACGAAUAAAUUAUUAGCUAUGAAGGCUAGGUUUAAGUUGUCUAAAAAGAAGAUUGUAAGGUCACUUUAGGCACCAUAGGGUAUCAGAAAUACCCAUGUGGCCUGAUGUGAAUGUCAUAUAUUCUACAGAAGGUAUGUGUCUUUUGGUAGAAGGUAUUAUAAAUGGCAUUAGAUUACAGUAUUUAGGUAAUUGACCCACACAAAGCAUUUUUCGGUUUUCCUGGGUCAGAUGACUUAGUGUCUAGAGCUUGGAUCUGAGAAAACAAACAAGAUUUCUGUGACCUUGUAGACUUGAGUUUGAAAUUUAAAUAUCUUUCAGAAUUUAUUUAUAUCUACUCCCAUUGAAAGCAAUGAGAACAGUCAUUUUUUUACUAUUCAAAGAAUCAAAGCUAGACCCCAGAUUGUGCAGUUUAGAAAAUGCACAGUCAUAGGUGCCCAACAACAUUAUAAAGACGUGGUAUGCCAAAACCCUCAAUAUGUAAAUUCCUUUACAUAAAUGGUGAUUGUAAAUAUAAAUGUUCAGCAGAUGUUUUAGUUUAAAAAUUAUUUUCUUCCAUCAGUCUUUACUUUCUUUUUCAGAAUUGUACCAUUCCUUUCUACUUCCUUCUAUACAGAUUUAUUUAAUUCUUAGGAAAAAAUUAUUUCCUUUUUUGGUGUACCUGGAUGCUCUGCAAUCAAAAAUUGUUCAUAUUAACAUGUAGUGCUUUCUUGUUUUCAUUUUGCAAUGCUGUUUGCAUCUUUGAUAGAUUAAUCAGGCUGAGGACCCAGAAUCAAGAACUGUAUUGAUGUUGUGGAUUUGAUACAGUUUGCUUCAUGAUAAAAGGCCUUUAGGAAGGCCAGAAUACUGGACUAUUCUCAAUAAGUAAUGAAAAUACCCUGUUUGUGGAUGGGGAGUGGUGGAGGCAAAAGCCUCACAUGAGCCAUCACAAGAAGACUUUGAAUUAUUAAGUUUCCUAAUUUGAACCUUCUCAUCUACUUAGUUUGAAGUGAAAAUUAUGACUCCUUUUUGAGGCCAUGACCUAAAUUGCAUUAAAGUCAAGAGGAGCCCUACCAUGGACUUCUCUGUAACCAAAGCCUCUGCAUUUCAGGAGGUUUUCACUUUCUGCUAUAGACAUGUAGGUAUCCACCUUUUAGUGCCACUUACAUUCAACAGAGUCACCUGCAGGGGUGGGUCCCAGUCAACUCCAUUUUUUAUUGUUGUGGGAUGUAGUAACAAUGUGGGACAAAACCUACAAGAUUAUGAUUAUAGUGCACCAAAGUAGGUAUUUUGAUUAAAUGAUAAAAGACAGGUUGUCUUUUAUCUUAACUCUCAUACGAGAGUUGCUCAUAUAAACCUAAUAAAACCUAAAUUUUACCCACAACAGGACAAGUUAGAAGAAUGUAAACCUAACUUUUCAAUCACUUGCUCUUAGUUUUAUUGCCUUGUAAAGUUUUAUUGUGUGUCUUCAUGGAGAGAAAGUUCUCUUUCCUUACUUGGAAACCUUACUUGGUUUUGUUCCAAAUAAAUACUUUCUUUCCCUAUUCUUCAGAAUUUUUAAAAGGAACACGAAGGGGAAAGCUUAGUAAAAUCCCUAUUUCACAGAAUAGAUAAAAAGGCAUAGGAGUAUAAAAAUGCCUUUAUGAGUGGCAGAUUAUUUCAUUCAAAGACUUCUUUUAAGGCAUUUUAUUUUAUGAGGGAUUCUAAGAAGGAAAAGAUAUAUGGAUUUUGUUGAAUGAACAUCUGUAGAUUUGUAGAAUAAAUCAGUUAUGUCUCCCGGAAGAUGCAAAUGCAAUUUUCAUCUGUAGGAACACUGAUCAUAUGUUUGUCACCUUAAUCUAAAAUAUACAUGUUUGAAAUCAAUGAAGCAGCAUUUUUCAUUACUUGCUGCAAUUCUAUGGGGAUAAAAAAAAAUGGUGGCACCGAAGUGCGCUAAAAUGUCAUGGAACAUUGUGCUGUCCCUUUUUGAUUCUCUAUUCCAUUGUGUGAUUUUCACCUCACUGUUAAUAAAGACUUUUUAAAAUAAAGUGAGGAAAAUAUUUUUUAAAAGAAUUUGUAUUAAAAGGUUUAAAACUGACAACAAUAUACUGAUUUUUUUUCAACAGUAAAUAUAUGUAGAAGUGCACAUAAUAUAUUGGUGAGUGUGGUUAUUUAUAGAUACUUUGGAGCACUAAUGUGACAAGUUUGCUAUGCAUUGACACAUUUUCCAUGGCAAAUAUAUUUUUUCUUAAGUACAUUAGAAAAUAAAUAGCGGCAUGUUUGCUGGUACAUUUUUAAAGCUUUGUGUGGGCUCUAGCUAUAAAGGGCUUAUAAUUAUUUAUGUACUCAACAUUUAGCAUAUAAAUGUGAUUUAUUUAUGUUUUGGGGAAAUAUUUUCCAAUACAUCCAGUGUUGUGUAAAUGAAGAAUAUGUUAUAAAACAAGUGCACAACUUAACAUGAAAUGUCACAGUCAAAGUAAAUUUACACAAGGCAUGUAAAAGACAAAAUGUCUUUAAGGAAGCAUCUGCAUAAAUUCAGAACAUGCAACUAUUGCAACUUAGCAGGGGAUUGAUAAGAAACUAUAAUUUUGAAAUAAAAUUAGUUACCUUUAGAAGCCUUUACCUUUAUACUCAAGGCAGAGAUAUAGCCACAUAAGCCAUGUGAUGCUACAGAAAAAAAAAAUGUUCUUUGUAACAGAAGAAAUACUUCCAAAGUCAGAAAACCUAAUUCUGAAAAACCUUGUGCCCUAGUCUCUGAGUGCAAUGCACUUUCUCUGAAGUAAAUAUGCAGAAACGUGACAUAAUUUUUUGCAAAUUAGGCACCUAAUUCUGCAGCCAAAAGUAUGGUAAUUUCUUAGUGUUUCUAAACAUGUAAUGAGAUUGUACAUUAUCAAGAAGGAAGAAAAGUAAAAAAAAACCUUUUGGAAACUAGUCCUGACUGAAAAGAUGCACGUGUAAAUGUAUGGAAGUAGUUUCAGUGGGGUUUUUUUAAGCGCACACAACAACAGGCUUAAAAGAAUAGAGAACAGAAAGGAUGUACCCUUAAACUUCCUCUAUUUAGAACCUUCUCCUGGGCCCUUUUGGCAGUAAGAGAAGGGUUUAAUGAGUUUGAGUACAGAAAUUCUGAAGCUGCUAAUUUGAGAAACAGAAACAAAACCACAAAGGUGUUCAUAGACUGCUUUGCUAAGAAGUCAUACCCAUCUUUAUUCUUGCAGGAAUAUCUGAAAAGUAAUUUUUAACAAAAACUAGCCCUGUUCUUUGGAUACAUUCCCCAAACCUCUUAAUCUUUGUUUUUCCCAUUUCUUAGAAAGGAAUCAGAUAUCACAAUAUAAUUGCAGAGAGACAGAUGUCCUUAUAUCAAACACUGACAUAAAACCUCACUUAAAUUUAUAUGAAUUUCUGAUGCAUGAUGAAAUGUCAAUGUUUCUAACAUUUUGUAUAAGUAGCAUUGAAUAAAUCAUUCCUAAAAUCCUUAUUAAAUAGAAUGGUAAAUCCACAGUAAAAAUCAACUUCAGCCUGUGAGGAAACGUGUGUGUACACACAUGCACACACACAUGAAUGUAGAUGGGCUACAAAGUCUGUGCUAAGAUUCUUUAAAUUUUAUAAUUUUCUUUGUAUUAAGUCAAAUAUAGAAGAAAUGUCCAGCGUUCAGAACCAUCCUCCCUACACUCCCUAUGUUUGGAAAUAUUCAAACUAUUUCAAGAAAUAGUUGAGAUUUUCAGGGUUUUUUCAAGGCAGCAAAAAAUAAGAUCUUGACAUCUCCUCAAGGACUAUAGGAGGUAGACAACCAGACUUCUGAUAUAAAAGGUUGCAGCAUCCCUCACACACAGACAGGGCUUAAUUUUAUUUUUUUAAAUUGUUUUUUUAGUUACAUCUAGGGCUUGAGAAAUAUGUUGACUUAUAUAAAAAUAUAUUUCAUACACACAUCUAUAAAUCACUACACUGAACUAUUUAAGCUACUGUGUAAUAUGUGUGCUAAAAAAGUUCUAAUUCAUUAGUAAUCUUUGACUCAGCUAAAAUGUGCUUUGCCAAUUCAAUUGAAGUGUACUUCUCCCAGUCAGUCACCUGAUUUUAUUCAGCACCAGGGCUCAUGCCUUUAGAUUAGGUGAGGCAGUGGGCAUCAAAAAAGAUUCCUAAAUCUGCAGAAGAGAAACAGAUACUCAAAAUCAUUCUGAAGUCCAAGAAAAUUGACAAUAAAUUGUCAAAGACUUGAACCAGAUUUCAUCACUGUGGGGAUAUGUCAUCAGGAACCUAGUGAUAACAACACAAAAAGAAAUAUUAAAAUAGUGCUUGUAUUCUUCUACAAACCAGCUGAUAAUAGAUAGGGCCGAUAAUCUUUGUGUGUUAUACUUUUUAGCACAGCACAGUAUUUUUGUCUUUAAUAUACUGAUACAUGCAAGAACUUAAUGCAAGUACAAUGCAAAGUUUUUGGAGUCUGUAAACUCAUGGUUUAUUUUUCUCAAAAGCAACAGUGCUUUGCAUGCAAUUUAGAAGGCCAAUGUUCAUUUAUCAAAAAGGAGCCAUCACAAAGCCUGGAUUAAAAACAAGAAAUCUGCAAGACAUCUCUCACUACAUACUAUAAAUUCAGUGAUGCACACCUGCCUAUAAACUAUUUAAGUCAUUAAUAGAAUUUCAGCAUGCUUCUCUACAGUUUGUGGACUGAACUCUGAGAAGCCCAGGAAUACCUAUCCCACCCUUAGCUGUAUCGCCUUGAAAAAAGCCAUUGACCUUAACACUCCAUUUAUACAAUGCAAAGAAUAUACUGAAGUUUUGACUAACUUGCUUAAUUAAUAUUUGUGAAGCCCUUAGAAGAUUAAAGCUUUUAUGUAAAUAGACAGCAUGAUAAUAGAAAUAUGAUCCUAUCUUUUAUUUAGCAAAAAUGAUAUGGUAACUAAUAUUCAUUAUCUGUAUUUGUUUUAAUACAUUUAUUUCAGGAGAUGGUUCUGUUUCUUUCAGUCAGAAAUAAUAGCAUUUUCCUGUUCUUUUAUCCACAGAGUAACUCAUUAAUAAAGAGUAGAAAAACCGACCUUGGACUACUUGAUGUAAUAUAGAUUUGAUUGCAUGUCUUCUUGUAUCAGAAAAUUAGAGCCCAGAACAUUUUCAUCUAAAUAGAUAGGAGUUAUUUUAAAUAAGCAAGACAGGUUUCAUACAGAUAAACACAAAACAGGAAUGACAACAACACAUCUACAUUCUUACAAAAUGUUUCCUACAAAUUGAUUAGCUCAAAGGGAGUAUCGUGUAGAUGUUUUAAUGUUCUUAGCAGCUUCAUCAGAUUCAUUAAUCUCAUAUUCUGCUAUUUUUUAGUUACUAUAGAGUCACUCUUCUAGCCAUGAGUAACUGCUAGGCGUGCCAUAUUUUACUUUCUAGGUAACAGGAUAAAAAAUGUACUGUUUUCUAAUACCUUUAAAUCUAUUGCACAUGGAAACACUUCUUAUCAACAUAAAAUAACAUUGUGUAUUCUAUAUGAAGCAGCAAAUCUAAUAGUAAACAUAUACUGAUGUGGUCUUUGGUUCUUUAUUGGUUUUUGGGGUAUUUUUUUGUUGGUUACCUACACCAUCCAAAUGCCCUCACAGUAAACACAAAAGGCUUUGCCACUUUUAGCUAAAUCCCAUCCUGUUUGUGAAUAAAUUAUUUCAAAAGGCUCCUAUAAAAUGUUAAUAUUUAAUUUUAAAACUGUAGACUUGGUAAGAAAACAUUCAUAAUAUCUCAGUAGUUACAGCCCCAAGAUAUAUCCUCUCUAUUUUUUAAUUAAAAGUAUUAUUAAACAUU